AUGGAAGAAAAGGAUGAAUCUGAACAGUCUAUCUCAGCAGGGAGGCAAGAAAUUCGAAAGAGAAGACGACCCAGCCAGCCCAUGGUAGAUAAAUCCCAGCAGACUGAGGUAACAGAGAAAAAGAAACAAUUGUCUAUACCACAAUCAUCUGGCCCCAAAGCUGCCCUUAGUAUUGGUAAUAUUCCUGGAAGCAAAUUAAACUAUGAAUGUCAUAGAGUAUCUUCUCAACUUCAGCAAACUUGGAUAAAGAGAAAGCGUGUACAGGAUAUGGCUGAUAAGUCUCUGCAGACAGAAACUAUUGCAGAGGAGAAAAAAGAAGAAAUCAAAUUAGUUUGUGAAGCAGUGGUACCUGAGGAAAAGCCAGCUGCUGUUGAAGUAGGUCCUGAAUUUCCAGAGAGUGUUCAGGAAGUAGAAGUUCCACCAAGCAGAUACUCUGCUCAAGUCAAAACAGACAGAUCUCAGCAGACUAGUUGUACUGGAGACUGGACAAUGAUGAACUUUCCUGAAAAAGAUAAACUAGACAAGGAACAGCAGACAUACUUUAGUGAAUCAGAAAUAGUGGUUAUUGGACGGUCGACUAAUUCUUUUUCAAAGUCAAAGGAAGGUGCACAGAAGCGCAAAUCUUCAGGGAGUAUUUUUGUUAGUGAACAUCCUGAAUUUCAACCCACAACAAGUAGCAAUGAAGAAACUAGGCGGCAAAGUAUUAGCAGAACAUUAUCUAUUCCACCAACCAAAAAAGAUUCUCCUGUACCUUUAGAAGAUGAGAAAGAUGUUCCAGUUGAAGUACAGCCUCCUGCUGCAGAAGAGAUCUCUGCUGAAGAACAACUUCCACUAGACGAGACUACUGCAGAAGAGGUUCCUGUGGAAGUUCAACCUCCACCAACUGAAGAGGCUCCUCUUGAAGUACAGCCUUCCCCAGCUGAAGAGGCUCCUGGAGAUGAGGCCCCUGCUAAAGUAGAGCCUAUGCCAGCCAAAGAGGCUCUUUCAGAAGAGCCUCCUGCUGAAGAGGCUCCUGUUGAAAUACAGCCUUCCCCAGUGGAAGAGCCUCCUGGAUAUGAGGCCCCUGCUAAAGUAGAGGCCACCUCAUCUGAAGAGACUCUUUUAAAAGAGCCUCUUACUGAAGUUCAGCCUCCUGCAGCUGAAGAGGUUUCUACACAAGAGACCCGAGAACUUCAACUUUCACCAGCUGUGGAGUCCCCUGCAGAAGAGGCCCCAGCUGAAGCUGAGCCUCCACAAGCUGUGGAGUUCCCUGCAGAAGACGCCCCAGAGGUUCAGCCUCCACCAGCUGAGCAGGCCCCUGCAGAAGAGGCCCCAGCUGAAGCUGAGCCUCCACCAGCUGAAGAGGCCCCUGCAGAAGAUGCCCCAGAGGUUCAGUCUCCACCAGCUGAGCAGGCCCCUGCAGAAGAGGCCCUAGCUGAAGCUGAGCCUCCACCAGCUGAGCAGGCCCCUGCAGAAGAUGCCCCAGAGGUUCAGUCUCCACCAGCUGAGCAGGCCCCUGCAGAAGAGGCCCCAGCUGAAGUUGAGCCUCCACCAGCUGUGGAGUCCCCUGCAGAAGAGCCCCCAGAGGUUCAGUCUCCACCAGCUGAGCAGGCCCCUGCAGAAGAGGCCCCAGCUGAAGCUGAGCCUCCACCAGCUGUGGAGUCCCCUGCAGAAGAGCCCCCAGAGGUUCAGUCUCCACCAGCUGAGCAGGCCCCUGCAGAAGAGGCCCCAGCUGAAGCUGAGCCUCCACCAGCUGAAGAGGCCCCUGCAGAAGAGCCCCCAGAGGUUCAGUCUCCACCAGCUGAAGAGGCCCCUGCAGAAGAGGCCCCAGAGGUUCAGUCUCCACCAGCUGAGCAGGCCUCUGCAGAAGAGGCCCCAGCUGAAGCUGAGCCUCCACCAGCUGAGCAGGCCCCUGCAGAAGAGCCCCCAGAGGUUCAGUCUCCACCAGCUGAGCAGGCCCCUGCAGAAGAGGCCUCAGAAGUUCAGUCUCCACCAGCUGAGGAAGCCCCUACAGAAGAGCCCCUGGAAGUUCAGUCUCUACCAGCUGAGGAGGCCCUUGAAAAAGAGGCCCCAGAAGUUCAGUCUGUACCAGCUGGGCAGGCCCCUGCAGAAGAGGGCCUAGGAUUUCAGUCUCCACCAGCUGACAAGGCCCCUGAAGAAGAGGCCCCAGAAGUUCAAUCUCCACCAGUUGAAGAGGCCCCUGCAGAAGAGCCCCCAGAAAUUCAGUCUUUACCAGCUGAUGAGGCCCCUGCAGAAGAGGCCCCAGAAGUUCAAUCUCCACCCACUGAGGAGGCUCCUGCAGAAGAGACCCCUGCUGAACUUCAGUCUCCAUCAAUUGAAGAAACUACUUCAGAAAUGGUCUCUGUUGAGAAACAGCCUUCACUCACUGAAGAGCCCUUUAUUACACCAAUCUCUUUAGAAGAAACCUCUGCUGAAGUUCUGCUUCCACCAUCUGAGCAGACACCUGCAGAUGAGGCUCUGGUAGAGAAUGUGUCUCCAGUAGAUCAGGCUCCAAAGGAAGCAGACGUCCCAGUGGCAAAAUUAGAAUCAGGGAGUUUGGAAGAUAAGCCAAAAUCUGAAGAGCCUUUAGAACAGGAUACUGUUCCUAAAGAUUCAUCUGAUACCAAGAAUGAAGCAGUUUCUUUUGAAAUACAGGGUGUCAUCCAUAUAGAACUGGAAUAA